CAGAGCUGAAUAAGGAGCUUAAUAUUUCUAACCUGUCAAGUUUAUUUACAUUGUAUUAUUGUAAUUUAAUAUUUUUAAAUCUAAAUAUUAAUGAAAAAUGAAGAAAGAACGAACGGCUGAUAAUUGCCGGCCUUUUAAAUUAGCUCAUCAAAUACUUAGUCUCACAGGCAUCAGUUUUCAACGAAAAAGUAUUAUUGGAUUUGUAGAACUAACUAUUGUUCCACUCAGAGAUAAUCUUAGGAUUAUUAAAUUAAAUGCACGACAAUGUAGGAUAUAUCGAGUGUGCUUGAACGAUAGCUUUGAAGUUCCUUUUCAAUACUUUGACCCAUUUUUAGAUAUUUGCCAAGGAGAUGGCAAACAGAGAUCUUUGGAUUUUUUCUCCAAUUUACACUUGGCAGCAGCUCAGAAAGUGGAUCCUGAUAACAAUGCAGGUGAACUGGUUAUUCAAGUACCUCCUGAUGCAGCUCAUCUUAUUGGAGAAGGAAGAAGCUUGAGAAUAGGGAUAGAAUUUUCGCUUGAACAGCCUCAAGGUGGUGUUCAUUUCGUUGUGCCUAAUUGCGAAGGAACUUUAGCUGAGAAAGGUGCACAUAUGUAUACUUAUAGUUAUGAAAAUUCAUCGAGGCUGUGGUUUCCAUGUGUUGAUAGUUUCGCUGAACCUUGUACAUGGAAGUUAGAAUUUACUGUUGACGACUCUAUGACAGCAGUGUCUUGUGGUGAUUUAGUAGAAAUUGUAUAUACUCCAGAUAUGAGAAGAAAAACUUUUCAUUAUGUUCUAAAUGUACCCGCUUGUGCUCCAAAUAUCGCAUUAGCUGUUGGACCAUUCGAAAUUUUUGUUGAUCCAUAUAUGCAUGAAGUUACGCAUUUUUGCCUUCCACAACUUCUGCCAUCCCUUAAGGUUUCCGCAAAAUACAUGCAUGAAGCAUUUGAAUUUUACGAAGAAACUUUAUCUAAUAGAUAUCCAUAUUCCUGUUAUAAACAAGUGUUCGUUGAUGAAAUUGAUGAAGAUAUCAAUGCUUAUGCUACGAUGAGUAUUUUAAAUACAAAUUUAUUACAUUCUACUCCAAUUAUCGAUCAAGUUUAUAUUACUAAAAAAGCUAUGGCUCAAGCAGUAGCUGAACAAUUUUUUGGAUGUUUUAUAUCAAUGCAAAACUGGUCAGAUUUUUGGCUUCCAAAAGGAAUUGCAACGUAUUUAACUGGAUUAUAUGCCAAAAAAUGUUUUGGAAAUAAUGAAUAUCGUGAAUGGAUUCAAUCAGAAUUACAAGAAGUAGUAAAGUAUGAAGAACAGUUUGGAGGUAUUAUAUUAGAUCCUUCUCAGCCUCCUGCACCACUUCCAAUAGCUGCAAAUACUCCAGCACCAGCACCUCGAGCUCCAGACCCUGGAUUUUACUUUCCUAUACGGAAUCUUCACACAAUGUCACCAAAGUAUAUAGAAGUACUCCGAAAAAAAGCUCAUCUUGUCAUCAGAAUGUUAGAGAAUCGAAUAGGUCAAGAACUACUGCUUCAAGUAUUCAAUAAACAGUUAUCUUUAGCAUCUAAUGCUGCUCAACAAAAAAUUGACUCAGGUUUGUGGUCUCAUAUGUUGAUCAGUACAAAUGUGUUUGCUAAAGCAAUAUUUACAGUGACUGGAAAAGAUAUGGCUGUAUUUAUUGAUCAAUGGGUUCGUACUGGAGGUCAUGCAAAAUUUAGUUUGAGUUUUGUUUUCAAUCGCAAACGUAAUACAGUCGAGUUAGAAAUCCGUCAAGAUACAACUAAUCAGCGUGGUAUCAGAAAAUAUGUCGGACCACUUUUGGUAAAUAUUCAAGAAUUGGAUGGAACAUUUAAACACACUUUACAAAUUGAAGGUACUGUAGCAAAGGCAGAUAUUACAUGUCAUAGUAAAAGUCGAAGAAAUAAAAAAAAGAAAAUUCCACUUUGUACUGGAGAAGAAGUUGAUAUGGACCUUUCUGCAAUGGACGAUUCUCCAGUGUUGUGGAUCAGAUUGGACCCGGAUAUUACUUUAAUGAGAGCAGUACAAAUAGAACAACCUGAUUAUCAAUGGCAAUAUCAGUUAAGGCACGAAAGAGAUGUAAUCGCUCAGCUAGAAGCCAUUGAAGCUCUUCAAAAUCAUCCAACACCAGCCACACGCUUGGCGUUAACUGACACCAUCGAAAAUGAGCAUUGUUAUUAUAAAGUGAGGUUGAGAGCAGCUCAUUGUCUUACGAAAGUCGCAAAUGCAAUGCUGGCAACUUGGGCCGGGCCUCCUGCAAUGUUGGCAAUAUUUAGAAAACUUUAUGGAUCAGCUUCAUGUAGAAGAAUUAUUAAACAAAAUAAUUUUUCUAAUUUUCAACAUUAUUUUUUACAAAAAACAAUUCCUGUAGCAAUGGCUGGUUUGAGAAAUGUCCACGGUAUCUGUCCUCCUGAAGUUUUAUCGUUUUUAAUGGACUUAUUUAAAUAUAAUGAUAACAGCAAAAAUAGAUAUUCUGAUAAUUAUUACCGAGCUGCUCUAAUAGAAGCUUUAGGAGCUACCGUUACUCCUGUAAUAACUGUUCAACAAGGUACUGCUAUCACUGCUGAAUCUUUAUCAGUUGACACUAAAGCUAUUCUUGAAGAAGUUACAAGACAUUUAAACUUGGAGAAACUUUUACCUUGCUAUAAAUAUACCGUCAGCGUAGCUUGUCUUAAGGUAAUUAGAAUUUUACAAAAAUUCGGCCAUCUUCCGAGUAAUUCGCAUUUAUUUAAAGCUUAUGCAGCUUAUGGUCAAUUUAUUGAUGUCAGAUUAGCUGCUUUAGAAGCUUUGGUUGACUUCACAAGAAUUGAUGGUAAAUGGGAAGAUUUGGAAUUUUUAUUAGAUAUGGCAGAAACAGAUCCGCAUCCUGGAGUUCGUCACAGAUUAGUUAGGUUGAUGGUAGAAAAUCCUCCAUUUGAAAAGUUUAAUAAACAUCGAUUAGAUCAACCAGAGUUAGUAGAUCGCAUCUGGAAUUUGAUUAAUGGAAUGUUAUCUCAUGACUCUAAAUUGAGAUGUGAUUUUGUUGAUUUAUAUUAUACGUUAUAUGGAAUUAAAAGACCUUUAUGUUUACCAAUUCCUGAACUUGCAGGUCUUAUGAAACCUAAAAAAGUUACUCCAACUUCUCCUGUCAAAGAAGAGUCUCCAAAACCAGUGAAAACUGUAAAUCAUUUAAAGCCUGAAGUGAUUGAUGUAGAAGUUCCUGGUCCUAGUGGAGUCAAAAGGAAAGCUUCUCCUACACGUGAAUCAAUUCCUGGAUCUAUAAGUACUCCAGAUCAUAACCAGGACAUUAAAAAAAUUAAACAACAAAAUCAUGAUAAUCGAGAAAUGACUGGAGAUGGUAAAGUUAAGACUGAAUAUUACAGUGACAAUUCAGCGUCACUGCCAGGGUUGAUGGGAACAGCUGGCCCUGUUGGAUUUGAACCAGGAAUGUUUAAGAAGGAACCAGAUGAGCAUAAACAAAAAGGAGAUACUUCUGGUAAAGGUAAAAAGAAGAAAAAGGACAAAAAGAAACAUAAGCAUAAGCAUAAACAUAAGCAUGAUCAUAAACAUGGUAAAGAUAAAGAGAAGAAAGAUAAAGAUAAAAAAGAUAAAGAAAAAUGCAAAGACAAAGAAAAAGAGAAAGACAAAGAUAAAGAAAAGGAUAAGGAUAAAGAAAAAGAAAAUACAAAUCUUAAAAUAAAAGAAGAAACAUUAUCAUCAACAAGUUCGACGCCAAGUCCUGAACCAUCAACUUCCAAUUAUGAAUAUCUAUAUCCUUUUCCAUUUUCAAAAUAAUUUUAAUGCUUCAUGAAAAGGAAUUAUGAAAGGCAACAAUCUAUUAUUGUACAUAUAUUUUCAAAAAUUUUUUUUAUAUUUAUUGGAAUUUUGUAAAUUUAAAAUUCUAUUG